AUGCGUCUUACACUAGCUCUUCUUCUCUUCUUGGUUGCCCUGACUGUGGCUCUUCCAGUAGCCAAUCCCGCAAACAACAAAUCUCCUGCCACCAAGGCAACCACCAAGGCACCGGCCAAGGCAACAAACAACAAGCCCUCUGCGGAUAAGAAGAAGCUGGAGAAGGGCAUCAAAGAUAAUCUCAAAGCUGGCGACAAGGAGAUCUCUGCCACUGAGAAGGCACAGAACGCUGCCAAGAAGAACGAUGCGAAGGGCCUCAAGAAAGAUGAAAAGAAGAUCAAUAGUGCCUUGGAUGAGGCAACUAAAGACCGUCAGAAGAACCAAAAGAUCGCCGGCAACAAGGAUCCUGCUCUUACCAAGGGACUUGGGAAAGUUGAGAAUGCGCAGAAGGGUGCGAAGAAAACAGUCAAUGGCUUGACUGGCGACCCUAAGAAGGAUAAGGGAUCCUUGGACAAGCUGGAUGCUACUUUCAAGAAGGGCAAGAAGACUAAUGAAGAGAAUUUGAAGGAGGCCAAGAAGAACUUCAACUAG